AUGGCCAGUGUCGCGUCUCAAGUCGUUUUCCAUCCCCUCGUCUCUCAGAGCUUGAAAGUCGGGAACACUACGCUCGGCCGCGACAAGGCCUACCGUGCAGUCCAGUACCUCGCCCGCUUCAUUGCGUGGUAUCUUCUCUCAAAGGGGAACAAGCUCGACGCGGCGCGCUGGAGUGCACUGAAAUCCCACCUCGCGCUGGCCCGCAAGCUCCUGCGCCUCGGCAAGCCUGUCGAGCACCUGCAAGCCGCGCUGAAGGCCGCGUUUGCCAACGCGCCACCGGCCGAACAACUCACCACCAUCGCGCGCCAGCUCGCGUACUUCGGGUACUUGUCGUUUGAUGCCUUGGUCUGGGCCAACAGCAUCAAGUUCCUUAACCUCCAGCCGGCAACGGCGCAGAGGGUCUCCCGCAUUUCGAACCGAUUCUGGCUCGCGGGUAUCCUGGUCAGCUUGGCGCAUGGAGCGGUCAAGGUGGGGGUGAGACUGACCGACGAUGUGCAGAUCACGCGCCUGACGAAGGAGACGAAGGCCCUCAAGUCACGGCACAUGAGUGAGAAGGACGUCGCAUGCUCACACUCCCUUUGCAGCGCUCGCGCCGCCACCCGGGAGCAGAUCUACAUCGACGCUCUCGAUGCUUGGAUCCCUGCGGCUGCCCUGGGCCUCACCACCGUCAACGACGGCUUCCUGGGCCUCGCUGGGUAUGUGUCUUACAUGCGUCUACAUUGCGGUAUCCUCAUGCUUCUCGCAGAUUCACCACCUCCGUCCUCGCUCUUCGCAAGGCAUGGGCCGCCGCGGGUGCUUCGUCUUAGUAAGCCCUUGCACGAUCUCCUAGGUCGCAAUGUACAGUACCAAUCACCAUCGUUAUGUCCUUUACUGCUCAUGAGAUGUUAUGUAUACCCUGCUGUAACCCAAUCAGACAAGUCACACAUAACCAUGGAUGGUGAUGAUGAGCUGAGGUCGUGCGAUCCAUUAUACAGUACAAGUACAGCGUGCCUACGCUACGCCGGAUGGUGA